GAGGUUAUUGCAUUUCUCACUUGAGCGGCAAACACAAAAAGUUGGUGCAAAUAAAAACACUUCUUUUUUUGUCGUUUUUUUGCACACAAAAAAUAGGAAAUAAAUACAACGCCUUCAUCUUAGAGCAUAUUUUUACAAGUUAAAUGCAAGAAGAGACUGCAAACUACACACACACAUGUACACGCACAUAACACAACACAGGAAACAAGUAGCAUAGUAAAAUUAACGAAAAAGCGUGCAAAGCACACAACACAAUUGAAGUAACGGUUCCAUGCCGGGGACAUCAGCAGCAAGCGUAGUGUGAGUAAAAAUAUACAAAAAAUGUGCUUUGCACGCAUGGAACAACAGUAGAAGGAAAAAGAAAAGGAGGAACACAAGGAGAAAUAUUUGAAUGCGAGAAGAGUGCAACAUUUAAAUGAAAUGAAAUUCAACAAAUUUAUGUGAACGAAGCGUGCAACAAAGUAAACAGAAGUCUAACUGCUGCUGUAUUGUAAUUUUUGGAGGCCACGACAGAGUAUUUGCAUUAUUCAGUGGGAAUAAUGAAUCGAUGACCGUUUGCGUUUGCGUCAGCUGAUACGGUUCUGUUCUGUUCUGCGUUGUGCGGCAUCUGCCUGUUGUCUGUGCCCAGUUAGGAAGUGCUGCCAAAUCCUGAUUACCAACAACAACGACAACAACAGCGAAAGCAAAUCAUUUUGGGCCAACAAACAUGUUUGCUUGAGACUGAGACCGGCCAACAUAUUUGUUUUUUGGGCAGUCGCAUCACAUCAUCGGCUCGAACUUGGCUCGUGGCUCAAAUAAAGGACUCGCUGCGCAGCUCAAACCUGAGAGAGAGAGAGAGAGAGAGCGGCAAGCAAACUCUCAGAGAGAACCCGUGAGAGAGUGAGAGAGAGAGCGCGGAGUUGGGCCAAGAGCAGAGACGGAAGUGGCGACAUCUGUUUUGCCGCUUUGUCAGCUUAUCCGGCAGCCGUUUUGCCUUUUGCCGAUGCCAUAGCCGAGGACAGGCGAAGGACAACGACGUCGACAGGGACGACAGAGAGCGAGAGAGAGAGAGACACAGGGAUAACGGGCACGUGAAAUACACAAGUGUGGAAAUUGGAAUUUUUAUUCAAAACAAUGCCCCUGCUGCAACAGUACGAGGCGUCUGACUGCAACGGUGGCAGCGGCAACAUGCGUGCCUUGAGCGGCGCCAGCUCUGGAGAUUUACUGCAGAAGCAUUCGUCGAUUAGCUCGCUGCUGGAGCAGCAUCAACACCACCACCAGCAACAUCAUCAUCAUCAUCAUCAUGGGCAGGAUCUGCUAGGGAGACGCGGAAUUGUCGGCGGAGAUGCCAAUGAUGGACUUAUAUCAUUCAUAAAUGAUCCAAUCACACUGAACGAUCUGCUUGGCUUAUGUGGUGGCGGCGGUCCGGCAACUGCAGUCCAGGCCACAUCAACAACAACAGCAGCAACAGCGCCAACAACAGUAGCAACAACGGCAGCAGGCAUCGGAGCAGGCAGCUCCGGCUCUGGCUCCGGAGCCGGAGCUAACGGCAGCAGCAGCUGCAGCAGCAGCGGCGGCGUUAAUAACUUGCUACUUGGCAAUGCGGCGACUGCUGCAGCUGCCGCUGUCGCUGCCGCUGCCACUGGCGAUUGCAGCCAACAGCUGUCGGCGAAUGCAGUGGCCUAUGCCCCACUGACGCCGAGCUCCACACAGUCCUCGGCCUCACCCGGAACCAAGUCAAGUUUUGAUUACUUUCAGUUUGAAAAUGUUGCACAAAGUAACCCACUUAAGGCUUUCCAAAGAUCAAACAUCAGCUUCGAUUGCUCUGCACCCUUAUCGCCAAGUACGCCUUCAUCUAUUUACAAUCGCUCCUUUCACAGUUCACCUUUAGUCAGUGACAGCAGCAACUCAUCCAGUGCAAAUGGCUUAUCGCUCGACUCAAUUAAUAUGCUCUAUCAGCAGCAGAGCUACAGCAAUUUGGGCAACACCAACGGCGGCAAUCUUGGUCUCAAUCUGCAGAAUGCAUCGACGCGUUCCAAUUCCCCGGAGAGUCAGAACAGCAAUCAGUCCAUCAAUGAACCCAAUCUACUAGACAUGAUCAAUCUGCUGUCUGUUAGCAAUAAUAAGCUGGCAUCCAUGCAACAGCAUCAACACCAGCAGCAACAGCAGCACCAACAACAGCAGCAGUCGCAACAUCAGCAGCAGUUUCAACAGCAGCAGCAACAGCAAAAGCAUUUACAGCAACAUCAACAGGCCCAACAACAACACCAUCAUCAACAGCAGCAGCAGCAACAACAACAGCAGCAGCAGCAUCAACAACAUCAGCAACAACAACAGUCGCAGCAUCAGCAGUUCAACAACUUGAAUCGAAACUACGAGUCGCAACUGCUGAGUGGAUCACAGCAGCAGCAGCAGAACUUUGAUUUGGGCAACAGCGAUUGCCUGAACCAGUGCAGUCUAGAGAACUUCACCAUUGUGGACAUGGAGCUGGCCAAGUUGCAGAAUCUGCAGCGCAUCAACACGCUCAAGCUGUUGCAAGCACAAACCCAGCAAAUGCCUCUGCUCAAUCAACUGCUUCAGAGUUAUGCGGGCAACUUGCCUGCUGCCGGCAGCAGCUCGAACAACAUCAACAAUGCCACAACGGCAGCCAGCUUAGGCAAUUUGGUGGGCGGUGGCACGGGCAACAAUGUGGGUGUGGCUGCCAAUUCCGGCGGUGGCACGUCGGGCACGUCCAACGAUUGGCAUUUGGAUCGUGUGGCCAAGUUCUACAGGAGCUCGGCGGCGUUGUGCGAGGCCACAUGCACUUGGAGUGGCCAGUUGCCUCCUCGUUCGCAUCGCAUGUUGAACUAUUCCCCCAAAGUAUUUCUCGGUGGCAUUCCUUGGGACAUUAGUGAGCAAUCGUUAAUACAGAUCUUCAAGCCCUUCGGUUCAAUCAGAGUGGAAUGGCCUGGUAAGGAGCAACAGGCGACACAACCCAAAGGAUAUGUCUACAUUAUAUUUGAAUCGGAUAAACAGGUGAAAGCAUUGCUUUCAGCUUGUGUGCUGCAAGUCGAUGACUCGCAUAGCGGCAGCAAUUAUUUCUUUAAAAUCUCUUCGCGACGCAUCAAGUCAAAGGAUGUCGAAGUAAUUCCCUGGAUAAUAGCAGACUCCAACUUUGUGCGCUCCAGUUCUCAGAAGCUGGAUCCAACGAAGACUGUUUUCGUUGGCGCCUUGCAUGGCAAACUGACUGCCGAGGGAUUGGCCACAAUAAUGGAUGAUCUGUUCGAUGGUGUCCUCUAUGCGGGCAUCGACACGGACAAGUACAAAUAUCCCAUUGGCUCGGGUCGUGUGACAUUCAGCAACUUUCGCUCAUACAUGAAGGCGGUGUCAGCGGCCUUCAUUGAAAUUCGUACUUCCAAAUUUACGAAGAAGGUACAAGUGGAUCCAUAUCUGGAGGACGCUUUGUGUUCGAUUUGCGGAGUGCAGCAUGGACCAUACUAUUGCCGGGAACUCUCAUGUUUUCGUUACUUUUGUCGCAGCUGUUGGCAAUGGCAGCACAGCUGCGAUAUUGUCAAGAAUCACAAACCUUUGACGCGCAACUCAAAGUCACAAACCUUGGUGGGCUUUGGGCCCUCGUCGUCGUCAUCGACGAUUUCGCUGGCGUUUUCAGGCAGUGGCAAUCGCUCGAAUGCGGAUCAAAAGCUGCAGCAGCAGCAACACAGUCACAAUCAUCACAACAAUCUUCAAAAUCAUCAGCAGCAGCAGCAAAAACUUAUCCAACUUCAGCAACAUGCCGCCAAUCAGCAGUCAAACAACUUGAAUCUCUGUUCGAACAGCGGCAACUCAAACGCAGCAGCCAACUCAUUGUACAACUAUCAACAGCAGCAGCAUCAGCAUCAACAGGCAAUUUAAGCGCGUGCGUCAACAAAUCCCAAUGUGCCCACUUUUAGCGUACCGUUUUAACGUACUUCAAGUCUUCAAGUCAAGCAUUGGAUUACAUUUUUUUGAAUUUUAAGUAAUACCAAAAUUUUGCACUUUUAAGCAACAGAAGAAGCCAAACCUAUCUGAAUGGCCAGAUUUGAACGUAAAUUGUUAGUGUUGCACACGAGCAUUCACCAUGAAUAUUGUAAAUCUACACACAGUUAUUUUGAUGUAUUUACACGAACGGUACGAUAUUAAGUAUAAGUAUAGGAAUAUAUAUAUAUGUAUACGUACGUGCAUAUAUAUAUGUAUGUGUAUUACAUAUUAUACAUGUAUGUAUACUUUUCUUUUAGGCUAAACAUGAGCAUUCCUCCUCUUCUCCUUCUCACAACACAUAUUAUCUACAACUUCUACAACAUACAACAUACUAUACUAUUUUUUGAUAAUCAUGCUUACAUAUCAGCAUUUGAAGCGGGCAUUCGAAUGCUAAACGAAACCCCCAGUAACAGUAACUUGGAAUUGGAAUAUCUCUUAUUAUCUAUAUAUAAUUUUUUUCGCUAAGAAAGCUGUCUAAAUACUUUUCAUCCGUAUUUCGUCUGCCUUAAGAAGUAAGUUAGCCUAUUAUGAAAAUUCUUUUUCGUUAUUUUUUCGUUUAAUUAAUUAGGUUAGUGCUAAUUUUUUGUUGUGCUAUUAAUUAGAAAUUUUAUAGCUUCUUUUUUUAUUAGCAAAAGCAAAAACUUUUCUUUGGAUCUGUCCGUGAGCAAUUUGUUCAGGAAAUUGCAAUUUUUAAAUUCAAUUUAAAAAUUGUGAAUUUAAAUGAAUUUUGUCACAUUGAUAUUGUUAUACAGUUAUGAGUUCAUUUAUAUUUUUUUUGUUUUGUUAAUGUUGCUAUUAGGUUUACGAUUAUUUUGUUGAAACAUAUUUACAAUACGCUUGAUGAUUGUUAAAACAUUGUUUUUCUAUCAUGGUCACCUAUUUGGCUGUUCUAGUUUUAAAGCCCACAAAACAUUGUUCUUAUUAUUUAUGUCUUACAUUAUUUUUCAUGUAUUUUGAGAAAGGAUCUCGAUGCUAUAUGUAUGUAAUAGCAAAGCAUUACAUAUUGUACUUAACAACGCUUUAAUAUAAUUUAAAUUAAGUGAACAUUCAUUAUUAACAUUAACACUUUUUCAAGCAAAUAUACAAGUACAUGCGACAAAGCUUUUGUUAUCAAAAUUCCACAUUAAUCUUUUACUUUCACAACGAGAAUACACUUACCUACUCAAUGAAUACCUACUAUAAGCAAAACACUCCUCUAACAACUAAACUAACUAACCCUGCGCUUCCCAUGCUGAUACUACUUUUCAGUUAGUCUAAUAUCAAAGGUUAAAUUCAAACGAAUUUAAGCAUAAAUACAAUCAAAUUAUGAAUUACUUUACCAUGCAACUAAAAUACUCCAAAACAUAAAUACAAGAAUCGAAAAUCGAGAAGCUAAUAAGAAUAAGUAUAUUCCCUAAUCAUAAGCUGUAGAUGAUGACAGAGUCGAUUCAACGGGUUUUUAUAUGAGAAAAUCUUCUUGAACGCCAAUAAUAGGUAUAUGUUCAGUUAAUACCCUUGACAAACAUGAUAAAUCAGUAUGUUGUUUUUAGUUACAAGUAUUUUGUUAUACUUAUAGGAAGAGAAUACAUGCAGAUAUGCGAAGAUGCAUUGAGAACCUACAGGGAUUUUAUGGUAGACUUCGAAUAAAGCUAAAACCAAAUGUUAAAAUGUAAAUGUACGACAACUUAGUUGAAUUUUAGUUUCGGAUAUAGAUGACUACACAACAAUAAGCAAUUUUCAAUAAGUAAUCAAUAGAGAUUUGAAUGAAACGCGGGUUUUAGGGUAAUCUUGGAGGCCUCUUAGUGUAACGGUUUCUGUUGUAGCGCCUAGCUUAGUUUCAUUUGCCUGGGACUUGGAUCAGUUGUACAAUAAUAAUUAUAUGAUUUGGUCGGCGGUGUGUAUUUAGUUGAGGUAAGAGUUAAGUGAAUAAGUAGCUAUGCUAGACAAUUAUCAUUAUCAUGCAUUGUUAUCUAUAUAUACAUACCUACAUAUAUAUAACGUAUAAUAUACGAGUAUACCUAUUAUAACCUACGCAAGCCUAAGCAUACAUUAGUCAAUGCCUUCAUUAAAACGAUAAAGAUGAAUAAAUAUAAUAUAAUAAUGCUAAAACCCACUCAAAGGUAAACCAAAUCGCUUUAAAGAAUACCACAAAUCAAAAUGCUUAAAUAUUAUAUAUACACAUACACUUAUUAAAAAACAUAUACCUAACAAUAUAUUAAUUAUAGUUUUAAUGUUUAACGAGACAAGAAUCAGGAUAUACGAUGUGCGGAAUAUAUGAACGCAAAUUUGAAUAUUUACCAAACUCAGUAAAUGCAUAAAGAUGAGAAACCAGAUGAGAAACCAGAGCAGUAUAUAAACAAUAAUCGAAUCUAUAAUUGAAGCGAAUGAACAUAUACAGACACGUAUACAUAUAACGAACAUAUACCUUUAACUAGAUAAUAAAUUGACAAUGUAUAUAGUAUGGAAGGACAUUUAUAGAUACAUAAAAUGGUGCUUUAGCUGAAUUAUAAUAUAAUUACAAUGUAAUUAUAAGACUUAAACCCGAAAACAACACACACACACACACAACUUUGUCUCCCCGAUUCAUUUCUUAUCAGAUAAUGGAAAAUGAAAUGCCCAUUUUAAAUUGAAACAUAUUUUUUACCGCAAUUAAUAUGAGAAAGAGAACUCUAUACUCAAGUGUUGCGACACGCAGCACUAUUUUAUUAAUACGAGUGUUUUAAAGUGGAUAACAGCUAAAGAAAGUUAUACGACUAACACAUACACUUACCCAAGCAAAACUCUACGAUAGGUUUUCCUCCUUGGUUUCUUUCUUAAACACACUAACACUAGAACAUACUACAGACAUGCUUAACUUUUAAAUAACUAAAAUUUAUAUACUUUUACUAAACUAAAUUAAAUGCAAAUUAAAUACUUUUAAAUGGACAUUUUAAGGCCCUUUAGGGGGGAAUAUCACCCGGGCCCAAUAUUGGUACUUAACCUCAAAGUCAUACAUACUUACGUACAUACAUAUAUUUUUACUUUAAUGUUUUUAACGCUUUUACGAGCUAAACUUUUAAAUAACGAAACUAUUACAGAAAUUUUAAACAUUUUCCAUAACGCUUUCCUUAUUACGAGUAUUAUUUAAAAAAGAAAAGAAAAAACAACAAUUUUUUAAACACAAGAAAACAAAAUGAAAAUGAGAUAAACAAAAAGAAAAAUUUAAAAUAUAAGAAAUUUAAUGUAUCAAUGAAUUGAAUAAAACGAAAUGUAAUGGAACCAAAAUCGAACGCUUCCCACGCAAAACCGAUAAUAUUAAAUUUUAGCAAAGUAAAAACUAAAGACAAAAUAUGCAGAAUACAUUAAAUAUUCGAGUACUAAAUGUAUUUUACAAAACUAUUAAUAAAUCACAUGUUAAUCUACGUUUAUUUUUAAGCGAUUCCACAAACACACACAGACACAGACUCAUAACUAUAACUCAGUAUAUUCAUGCAUAGAAAUCAUAUUUUUAAUGUCAGCUAAGGUGAAAAAGCAGUUACAUAUACAGAAAUACCAAUUGCCUAAUCUAUAUCUAUAAAUUCGGCGAUAUCUUUACGAUUUACCAUUUACCAUUUACCAUGCCCUAACUAAACUAAACUAAACUAUGCUAACACUACUUCUAGCUAUAUUUACGAUGAAUAUUUUUAGUGAGUAUAACUAUAUAUACACAUAUAUGUAUACUACUCGUAUACUUAAUACAACAUUGAAGAAACAGAAACACAAGCGACAUGUGAGACACAUUUUGGGGGAACAUUAGCAAAAACCAUUUGCAAAUUGAAUUUUAAACGUAACAAACGUGUUAAAAAAACAAAACAAAGCAUAAAACAAUACAAAUGAAUUAUUAAAAAGAAAAACAAAUGAUUAAAACACGCAAUAAGAACGGUUUUUAAAAAGACUAUUAUACAGACAUACUAUUAUUAUAUAUGUAUACUACUUACACUAUAUAUACACAAAGAAACAA